AUGGCGAACGACACCGUCGAGAUGUCCGAGCAUCACCAAAUUGCCAGCAACACGGACCUGACGAUCCACAUUUUGCCCGAGGGACCCAGACCAAAGAAGGGCGCAGCCCAAGACGCAGCCGCAGACAUCCAAGACGCCGCGGGCAAGAAGAAGGUCGUCAUUCACGAAGUCAUCUUCCACGUCGAAAAGGCCGUACUUGUGCGCACCGAGUACUUUCGAGUCCUUCUCCAGGGACGAUUCCGUGAGGCUGGCCAGCCGUCAGUCACUCUCCGUGGCGACGAUGCCCACGCAGUUGGCGUCUGGUUCCGCAUCUUGCACGAGACCGACCUCGAGGAGACCUAUGCCGCUACCACGAUCGGCAAACUCUGGGAGGUCGUUGCCGUCGCGAAGAAGUACGGCUUCGAGCCCACACAGGCCCGAAGCUGGUUCACGGAAUGGUAUAAGCGCAACGAAAGUCGUCUAUUCAGUCCAGGCUCUCGAUAUGAUAUCAAUAAUCUGCGAAUGCUUCUUCUUCCAGGAUACGUUUUCGACGAAUCUACUGCGUUCCUCCAGGUCACCAAGACUUUGGCCUACAAUUUUGAUGGCCAUAUUACCGAAGCCAGACCAACAGAUGUGCGACGCGACCUACAUGUUCCCGCCAACUUUAUCCAACAACUGAACGCAGCAAAGGGCCGCUUGCGAAACAUAUUGCACAAGGAGCUCUAUCUACCAAUCAGGAAGCUGUUGAUGGCUAGUUGCGGCCAUAAGGAACAUAUGCUCUUCGCCUACGAGAAGAAGCUCUUUGCUUCCGGAGCCUGGCCUCUGGAGCAGACUGGUCACCGGAACAGCAUCCGUGGUCUCCUUCAAAAGCUCAAGACUGUAGACAACGACGAUAUGCCCGAGAGCUGUCAAGGAUGUGCCGUCAAUGUGUCUGGUGUGAUCUGCGAAGCGGCCAAGGAGGUCAACGACUACUUUGAUGGCCUGUGCUUGGACUGCAUCAAUGUAUCCAAGCUGAGGGAUAAUGACGACGACUAUUGGCAUCAUGCCUCUAUGGGUCCGUGGGACCUAGAAUGCCGAGUGGACCAUGGAGAGCCGACUUGGUACUUCUCCUUUAUGGGUCGUCGGGAGCAUAUGACUGCAUGGCUAAAAAAGCGAAGAGUCCGUCGACAGCAACUACGAGGUUGGGACACAGCAUACGGCGGCCUUGAUUGGUGA